GAAACGUUUUUCCGUCGGACUAUCGGUGGUUCCCUUCACCGGCUGACCACGUUGCUGGCUGACUUGAAUCGGCUGGUUAUUUUGCUCCACUGCUCCUCUGCCUGUUCCUCUCUCUCUCUGUCUGUCUCCCCCGCUCUCUCUCGCUCUCAAACCUCCUCCCCCCUUCGCUCAAUUACUACAGGCUUGCUUGGCUUGUUUGUUGCCGGGGGUAACGGGCUGUCGCCGGGGACAAUGUCGGAACACAUGCAGCUUUCCUUAGCCCUGUGUAGGAUUGGGCUGUACACGUGUUUCCGGGCCCUGUGCUGUAAAGGACCACCGGUCCCCAGGCCUGAGUAUGAUGUGGUGUGUAUCGGACUGACGGGGGCGGGGAAGACCAGCCUCCUGUCCCGGCUCUGCAGCGAGGGAAGAGACGGGAUCGUCCCCACCACGGGUAAGAGCUACUGUCCUCUCACCGCACCAGGGAUAAAGAAGUACUUUGAGUUGGAGCCAUUGGCGAGAGGCAAGAGGUGGAUCUUGGAAGGCUGCACCACAGACAACAUGGUGGCAGUGAAGGAGAGCUUCGUUCAGCUCAUCAGCCUUCUGGAGGAGAAGGAGAUGGACACAGGGAGGAUAUGAAGAAGACUCUCAUUUCAUGUUCCCGGAGUAGAACAACAACUUCCAAAGCACAACCAGACCUGCCAGUGUUCACACACAGACACACACACACACACAGACACACACACACAGACACACACACACACAGACACACACACACACACACAGACACACACACACAGACAGGACAGAUGCCGGUCUCCCUUAAUCUCUUAGUGUAGUCGGUUGUAGAGUUUUGUCUCUUAGCUUUUCUUCCGUCUCUCUCUCAUUUCCGUUUUGAGAAAACGGAGAGAGAGAGAGUGGUCACGGGGUAGCGGAGUCACCGGUGGCCGCUGUGUGUCUGCAAACAGGACGGACAGACGCCAUCCAGCUCCCGCCUCACUCGACUUACGGAAUCGAGUUCCUGUCGGGAAACCCUUCCUUCACCAGGAUCUGUGCCACAUGGCCACGGCACCCUGCCGAGCCCACAAAGGCGUGUGACAUUCAUUUAGACACGCAUCGUCACAAACACACGGCACGACCAGUCUGGAAACACGUUUAUCACUUCCUGUUAAUUACUUUAAGGUAUGUGCUUGCACACAUUGAUUCUCAUGUCUGGUCGACUGUAAGUACAGUCGCUGAAAGUGCUCACUUGCACUUAAUCACUAUGAACAUUGAUAGGACUGUGUAGUCUGAAGCCUUACGUGAUGAACUGUACUGGGGUUACAUAUACGUGUCUCCAUGGUGUGUGUGGGUCUCUGAAGGAGGGUGCUGUAGAAUGUGCUGGUGUGGCCAGGGUCCUCCAGAGAAGAGAGGCAGUAACAUAGAGGGAGAAUGUUGUACAAGUCACAUCAGGAGAGAGAGAGUGAGUGAGAGAGUGAGUGGGGAUGGAGUUACAAGUCAGAAAGCCUGUUUUAAGCAUGGACUUGAGCUGAUAUAAAUAUAUGUGAGUUAACAUGUAUCGGAAUACUGUUGAGCCGCUGUAAGGAAUCUUAACAACAAGAUUUUGUUUCACCGAUUUAUUUUGCUGAAAUCCAAGACCAAAAUAAAUUCUGUCAUCUUGUUUCGAUGUAUCCUUGGGACCUAAAAAAUGUGACAGAAUUGUAGGAUUGUUCAUGAUUUAGCAAAGUUAAAUGUUUGCAAGGAUGUUUUGUUGUUGCUGCUGCUGCUUUUUAAUUUGACACACUGGCCAGUACCCUAGCAGUCUCCCAUUGGGUGAAAUACAAACUAUCAAUCAGCCAGCACAACAGCUGCACCUGACAUGUCCCUGUCCAAUGCCCUAAUGCCUUCCAACUGUCUGUGAAGACCCUCCCUGUCUACCACCUCGCUGCUGUCUACUCCAGCCCC